CCUUCUUCAUCAAUUACAUUUACACUCUCAUUGUUCAGUUUAACAUUUUCAUAGACAAAAUAUGAUAAGCCAAAUGAAAUUACUUCUCUUCUUAUUCAUCGUCCUUGUUCUAUCAAAAACUGUCAUAUCAGCUAGAAAACCAUCCAAAUCUCAAUCAAAACCUUGCAAAAACUUCGUCCUCUACUAUCAUGACAUAAUGUUUGGCGUCGAUGACGUGCAAAACGCGACUUCUGCUGCCGUUACCAACCCUCCGGGACUCGGGAAUUUCAAAUUCGGAAAGCUCGUGAUCUUCGACGAUCCAGUGACCAUAGACAAAAACUAUCAAUCCGAACCUGUGGCACGUGCUCAAGGCUUCUAUUUCUACGACAUGAAGAAUGAUUACAAUGCGUGGUUCUCAUACACACUUGUGUUUAACUCGACUCAACACAAAGGGACGUUAAACAUAAUGGGAGCAGAUCUUAUGAUGGAGAAGACAAGAGAUCUGUCUGUGGUCGGAGGAACAGGUGAUUUCUUCAUGUCUCGAGGGAUUGUUACGUUUGAAACUGACACCUUUGAAGGUGCGAAGUAUUUUAGGGUCAAGAUGGAUAUCAAACUCUAUGACUGUUACUAAAAGAAAAAGGAAAAAAAAAAGGCAAUGUGUGUGUGUUUUUGAGUACUCUGGACUUCUGAUGAUUGAAUAAGCUUAUGUAACAAUCUUAUUUUGGGAUUUUAUGUGUUCUGCUAGAUAUGUCUUUUGAUGCGAUUCAUAUCAUCUAAUAUCCCCUAUUAUGUCAU